AUGUCAAAGUCCCACCAGGCCGGAGAUCGUGCCGGUGCCCUCGAAGACUCUUGCAUUGCGGUGUCCGUCUCAAAGGUUCGCUUCAAAGACACGCAAGCCGACGGAGAAGUUGCCAGCGCAGGAAUGCUUGGUACCAAAGCUAGUGUCAAUGGUGGUACAUGCUGCGGUUGCGGUGGAGAAUGUCUCAUUGUCGUCGUGGCUAAAUUCCCAGGGUCGUUAUACCCAGAGAGUAUAGUUGAGAUCGAAGACGAUUCCAAGUCCACGCUUCAGUCGAUUUUCCGCGCUAAAUCAUCACAGCAGAGAGAAGAGACAGCCAAGCAUGGCAUGCCGAGAAUCAGUCUUGCGACAGAGGCUAGAGAUAACCACAAAUACUGUGAUAUAAAUGAUAUGGAUGCGCGGUGA